AUGUCGGCUACAUCCAUCCUCCUCCGCAACGCCACAAUCCUAGUCCCAGGCCCAGCUGGAAACAAACCGGCCGUCUCCCUCCGAAACCACUCGGUCCUCGUCCAGGGAAACAAAAUCGCCCGCAUCGCAGCCCACAUCGACGCUCCCUCGGACAGCACUCAGGUCAUCGACUGUACCGGCAAGAUUGUCUCUCCCGGGUUCAUCGACACGCACCAUCAUGUGUGGCAGACGCAGCUCAAGGGACGGACUGUGGACCAUACUCUGCUUGAGUAUAUCCCAACUUGCAACAUGCACUCUUACAAUUACACCCCAGAGGACAUCUUCUGGGGAGAACUAGGCGGCUGUCUCGAGGCCUUGAACGCAGGAACAACAACCGUCGUCGACCACGCCCACAUGAACUACUCCCCAGCCCACAACACAAACGCCCUCGCAGCGACAAUCUCCUCAGGAAUCCGCUCCACCUUCUGCUACGCCCCCACAACCAGAGUCCAGCAAUGGGACCCCGAACUCACCCUGGACCCGGACAUCCUGCCCUCCUGGGCCGUCGACCAAGCCGAAGAGCUCAUCCGGAACGGCCCCUACGGAGACGGCCGCGUGACCGUCGGCCUCGCCUUCGACGCCCUCUUUCUCCCCAAGGAGAUCGUCACGGACCUCUACCAACGAUGUAGAGCAGCUGGCGCAAAGGUCCUGACAACGCACUACGUCCGCGCCGCAGUCUUUGGCCAACACUCCAUGGUAGACAUGCUAGACAACCACUCCCUCCUCGGCCCCGACAUCCUCCUCUCCCACGCCACAAACCUCACCCCCUCCGACAUCCAGAAGCUCUCCGCCGCCAACGCAAGCAUCUCCUCCACCCCGGACACCGAGAUCCAGAUGGGCCUCGGCUACCCCGUCUGCUUCCGCCACGACACCCACCCCCUGAGCUCCCUCGGCAUCGACUGCCACAGCAACAACGGCUCCAGCCUCGUCACCCAGAUGCGUCUCGGCCUGCAGGCCGAGCGCGGCAUCCGCAACGCCGCGCUCAUCCAGCGGGGGAAAGCCCCCAAGCAUCUGGACCUUUCCGUUCACGACGUCUUCCAGCUCGGCACCUUGGGCGGCGCGAGGGCCGUCGGGAUGCAAGACCAGCUCGGAUCCCUUGAGCAGGGGAAGCUGGCCGACAUUGUCAUUUUCGACGGCCUCACCCCUGGCAUGAUCUGCGCUGCCGAGGAAGAUCCCUUUGCGGCGAUUGUGCUGCACUCGAGCAUUGCGGAUGUCGAGACGGUCAUUGUCGACGGCAGGAUUGUGAAGCAGCGCGGUAAUCUUGUGCCUGUUGAUCUCGAUCUGUCAAUGUCGGAUUUGAAGCCCAGCAAGACGCGCUUGGAGUGGUCGGAUGUGGCUCAGGAGCUACUCAGGAGUCGACAGAGGGUGAUUGAGGCGGGUAAGAAGAGCUGGGGAGGAGACAUGGACAAGGCGCUGGACAGUUUGACCAAGGCCUUUCACAUUGACCCCGACAACUUGGUCUGCUAA